AUGCCUCCCUCCUUCCUCUCCAACCGACAACAACCAUCUUCCCCCACCCUUCUUCGCCAGAAAGUCGCAAACCACUCCCAUUGCCUCAUCUGUCCACUCGAGCACUGCCGGACCAUCCCAUCUUCAACACCAACCAAUUCCGACAACCACCAGCGCCACCACAGCCUUCAAUCGCCGCCUCCGUCAUUUUCUUCUCCUUCACCGGAAAAUCGAAAAAAACUUCAUUCCGCCACCACCUUCCAACAAAAUUCAAAAUUUAUUUGGGCAUUCUUCACCAAAUACUUCCGGGCACGCCGAUCUACAGUCAAUUUGGGAAAAGUAGAUGAUGCCAAUGAUGAUAGCUCGUUUGAGAACGAUAACCAUUAUGACCUCCCUAUCCAGCAAGUACCACAAUACUUUCAUGGUCAACCCUCGGGAGCACAGUUCAAGCCACAACCUGAGUUCCAACAGUUUCCACAGCAACACGAGCCGAGACCCGAGUUUCCUCUUGAUAUAUACAGUCAGCUUGUUGCCUUGCGUUGCCAGGGCAACCGACAUGAAGCAGCCAUUCGGCGCAUCGAGGAGCAGCAUGCUCGCGCCAACAACUACAUGGAAGAUCUUUGGCAUCAUUUUCGGCCCGAAGGCGGUUACCGUCCUCGCGGGCCUCUUCCCCGUUGA